AUGUGGCAGCUUUUAGCAGCAGCCUGCUGGAUGCUUCUUCUUGGACCUAUAAAUGGUUAUAAUGCGAAAGGAAGCAACACAAAUCCCGAAGCUAAUAUGAAUAUUAGCCAAAUUAUUUCCUAUUGGGGUUAUCCCUGUGAAGAGUAUGAUGUUGUGACUAAAGACGGUUAUGUACUUGGAAUUUACAGGAUUCCUCAUGGAAGAGGAUGCUCAAAGACAAUAGCUCCAAAGCCUGUUGUGUAUUUACAGCAUGGCUUAAUUGCCUCCGCCAGUGACUGGGUUUGCAAUCCACCCAACUGCAGCUUGGCUUUCCUUCUGGCAGAUGCUGGUUAUGAUGUGUGGCUGGGGAAUAGCCGGGGAAACACCUGGUCCAGAAAACACUUGAAAUUGUCACCCAAAUCACCAGAAUACUGGGCCUUCAGUUUGGAUGAGAUGGCUAAAUACGACCUUCCAGCCACCAUCGAUUUCAUCAUAGAAAAAACUGGACAGGAGCAACUUUUCUAUGUGGGCCACUCCCAAGGAACCACCAUCGCUUUCAUAGCAUUCUCUACGAAUCCUGAACUAGCUAAAAGGAUUAAGAUAUUUUUUGCUUUGGCUCCAGUCACCACAGUAAAAUACACCAAAAGUCCUCUGAAAAGAUUUACAACUAUUUCUAGGCAAGUAGUCAAGGUUUUAUUAGGUGACAAGAUGUUCUACCCGCAUACAUUUUUUGACAAAUUUAUUGCCACCAAGGUCUGCAACAGGAAGAUAUUCCAUCGUAUUUGCAGCAAUUUCCUAUUUACUUUCAGUGGAUUUGAUCCAAAUAACUUAAACGUGAGUCGCUUGGAUGUUUAUUUGGCACUGAGCCCUGCAGGAACAUCUGUUCAGAAUAUGUUGCACUGGGCCCAGGCUGCUAAUUCUGGUAAGUUCCAAGCUUUUGAUUGGGGAAACGCAGAGCAGAACAUGAUGCAUUUCCACCAGCUUACGCCUCCUUUGUACAAUGUUACUAAGAUGGACGUUCCGACAGCAGUGUGGAGUGGUGGACAAGACCGUGUAGCUGAUCCCAAGGAUGUGGAGAAUUUGCUCCCUGAAAUUGCCAACCUUAUUUAUUACAAGUGGAUUCCACACUACAAUCAUGUGGAUUUUUACCUUGGACAGGAUGCACCCCAAGAAAUUUACCAAGACCUAAUUCUGUUGAUGAAGGAAUGCUUUCAAAAUUAAAUACACUUUCCUUUCUAUCAGCAAUUGAAGUUUGGUAAUAAUGUGGCAUACAGACAGUAAAGUGAUUCCCAAUGAUUCCCACCUUCUGGUAUUUGUGCAUUUGUGUGAUCUGCUCUCCUUGAUUGUGGGUAGGUUACCUAAAAUAUCUUAAAACUACGUGAGCUGGAGAGACAUAUAAUUGAGAAUUUUUAUACAUAGAUAGAUAAGUAAUUUUAUCUCACAGUUCAAAAUCAUUACAUAAAUAAUUAUGCAUUUGAUAGAACAACAUAUCAACAUCUGAGGGUGGGGGACUAAUCCUAACUAAAUAAGCUUGUUUUCUAAAGUUCAGAGUAUUAAACCUGAAUUUACUUAUGGGCAUAUCUUAUCCUUCAUCCCAAGUCCAAGUAGACUUUAUGUUUUGAACAAUGCAGUUUAAUCUACUUGAUGGACAUAAAUAGCAAAAAGAAAAUGUAUGAGGAUUUUACUAAAGUGUAUUAAGAAAUAUUGCAUUGCUUAUACUAGAAUCUACAAUAUAGGACCCACUUGGUCAGUCAAGAUUUGGUACCCUAGAGAUUUUCAUCCCCUGGAGCAAUGCACUGCUUUAAGAUUCAUCAUGUGUGAAAAGGAUCUUUCCUUUAGUAGAGGGAGAAGGGUGAUUUUGAAUGGGGAAGUAGGAAAGUGCACACCUAUAUUCCCAGCAGAAAAGUCUUAAGAAAGUAACACAGAAAGAUUUGAAAUCAAUACCCUUUAAAUUAUGCAACUCUGUAGACCUCCUGGAGAGCCCUCAUGUGCAUAAACCCACUGAGAAGACUUUUGAAGUAAGGCAUCUGUCUACCCGUGUUUCUUACCUGAACUCGCUUUAAUUUCCUCUCAUGCUCUUCUCUCAAGAGCUACACAAUCUUUGACUAUAUCAUUUCAAAGAAAACUUUGUGCCCCAGAUGAUUUCAAAACCCUGGGUAAUGCACUAUAAUAAGAUUUGGAAUGGCCAACAGAUGUGUCUUCUCCUUAAAGUGGAAGAAGUCUCAUUGUGAUAGGGAUCAUGGUGGCAAAGGUGAGGAAGACAGCAGGGAGAUGUUUGGAAAGUUUGGGAAGUUUGGAUUUAGGAAAGAGUAUACAGUAUACAGAAGUUUAAGGUUUGAAAAUGAUUUUCCUUAAAACUAUCUGAGCCUGUAUACUACCAAGGAAUGCUUCACUCCACCCACCCCUCAAUCCAUAGUGGUCCCUUUACCCUAACUUGAAGAUUGUAAGCACAAAGCGUUAUAUGAUAUAAGGUCUAAUAGCGUGACAGAAUAUAUAAAGAAAAUGUUACCCAAGGAAGUCUUCAGUGUAUGAUCACCCAUCACCUAAUCAUAAUAAAUCAUUCAUUCAAUCUUUUUUAAUAUCUUCAUUAUUCUUGGAAUAUGCACAUCUCAUUCUCCAAAGCAGGAUAUUUUGAAAAAGCCAUUUGGCUUAGGGAUAAGAGGAAAAAGACACUUAUCAAAAAAUCAGUUGAAAUUUUUACUUUGUUAUUAUUAUUCUAGUGCUGUGUGUGUGUGUAACACACUUGCUGUACCCUCAACAGAUUUUUUCAUGCCAUCAUGCUAAUUCUCCUCAUUCUCAGAGCUACCCUCUCAAUCUCCUUUCAUCCCUCCUCCUUUACCUCCUCAACAGUGUUUUGUGAUUCUCAGUGUAUAGAUCUUGCACGUAUAUUGUAAAAUGGAUCCACAAGUAUUUCAUGGUUUUUGAUGCUAUUAAAAAUGGCAUUUUUAUAUUGUAAUUUCCAGUUGUUCAUUGCUAGCAUAUAGUAAAACAAUUGAUUUCUGUAUGUUGACUUUGUAUCCUGUCACUUUAAUAAAUGA